AUGAGUGUGACGCUCAUCAGCACGCAUCACAUCUUCGUGAGUGGGCGCGUGCAGGGUGUAUUUUAUCGCAAGCACACGGCGCGGAAGGCGACGCAGCUGGGGGUGACGGGGUGGGUGCGCAACCUGCCAGACACGCGGGUUGAAAUCCUGGCGGAGGGGACGGCGGCGCAGCUCGACGCACUCGAGACGUGGUGCCGCACCGGCCCUCCGAAGGCGGUGGUGACGGACGUUGCGGUGACCGAUCUUACACCUAGCGUGACAGUAGUGAACGAGGACGGGGAGGCGGUGCGGGUGCCGCAUUGCACCUCUCGCAAAGCAGCCGUGUUUGAGGUGAAACAUUAG